GUGCGCCCAGAGCAAGCUCGUUGGCAUCUCCGAUUGGCUGCUGGACGGCUUCGAGGCCUAAGUGACUCCUCCCUUGAUGGUGGGUCUUUAAACAAGCAGGAAACAUUCCUAUGAGCUUGGAAACUGCCUCUUCUGAAUCCUCUACUGCAUGAAUGGAAAGAUGUAGAUAUUUUCUGGCUGUGCAGACACCUGGUUUUGAAGGCUUGUACAGAUGGUGUAUGGAACUGGGUCAGAUGCAUCAGAGAACCUCGACUCGCAUCACAUUUACAUUUCCUUCUCUUGCAUAUGGGUCACUGGUGCUCGGACUCCUGUGAGCCUUUCCUCUGGUGCAUAAACGUCUACUGAAAUACAUCUUCCGGUUUUCUUUGACAACAAUGAGGCGUGAUAGGCCACAAGAGCGGGCUGCCAGCUGGCCGGCAGAGCACAUCAAGGUGCUACUUGCCCUCUGGACUGAGGCAGCGGUCACUCAUGAUCUGAGCUCUCAUGGGAGAAACCGUGCUGUCUAUGAUGGCAUUUCUCAACGCCUUGCGGAAAUGGGCAUUUAUCGAACUGGGGACCAGUGCCGAGAGAAAAUGAAAGGCCUGAAAGUGGCCUAUCGCAAAGCUAAAGAAAAUAACUUAGUGGGGCGGCCACCCAUCAAGUGUCCAUUCUAUGAUGAGAUUGACCAGAUUAUGACACAGUAUAUAAAUUGCAGGCCAGGUUUUCCUUCAGAGGUCGGUGAGGGGUCCAGCAUCAGUGCAGACAGACAGGAAGUCCUCUCUCUAUCUGAGCCCUGGGGAGCCCAGUCCAGCAUCUCUGAGCGUUGGGGUCCUCAAGCUUCUGGGCACUGGUUACCACCGACUGCUGCCUCUGAAAGUCAAGGGACUGAUGAAUUCAGCUUCGUCCAGGCAGAGUCUCAGGAUGCCUUUAGUGAGAUCCAAGUCAUUCCAGUUCAGGUGAAGGAAGAGGAAUCAGAAGAUGAAAUAUCACCUGAGCUUGAUGCCUCCUCUCCGAUAGUGAUAGAACCUGCACCAAGACAUCUCAUCUCUAUGCUUGAUCAACGCCCCCAUCUUCGAACGCGGAAGCAAAAAGCUCAGGGGGAUGGGCAGUCCAGCUACCAAAGGGGACAGCCCCAGAAAUACGGCCAUUCACAUCAGCUGGAGCUGCAGAAAAUGCAGAGACAGGUUGCUAGUCAGGCAGAGGAGAAGCAAAGUUUAGCAGAGUUCAUUCAGCACGAUAAAGACAUGCGCCGUGAGGAUAGAGAGUUCCAAGCCCAGCUCUUUGAGAAGCUUUUCCAGAAACAAACUGAGCUUAUCCAAGCCCUCACUCAGCGACCUCCUCCCAGUCCAACCUCUACUGCCUGCACCAAUGUUCUGCAAACCUACCAGGUGCCUGCAAAGGCUGGAGCAGGAACAACAACAACUCCAGGUCCUGGCUCACAGCUACAGGCCUUACUAGAACAGAUAGUGCAAGCUGAAGGAUCAGGGAAGGCCUUGACUAGACUUGCAGUGAAGGAAGCACUAGGAGGAACAGUGAAGGUGCCCCCCGACGUGCAGUACUGGACUGCUGAAGAGAUACUGAGGUGGCUACUGUCUCAGCAGUCUCCUGGAGACCAAUGCCAAGAAUUGCCAACAGGCUCGAGGCAGUUUCCUGGUGCAGGGCACAUAGGAACAAUUGGGAAAAGUGAUAAUCCAGAGGCACAUCUCUCUGUUAUGAAUCCAUUACAUGAGUCUUACCAAAAUCCAGUGCUGGAAAAGAAAGACCAACUUCACAGCAAAGCCCAGCAACUCUGUGGCAGCACUUGCACUAAAGCAUUAGAAACAGACACAGACUUAGAGACCCAGCGCCACAGUUUCAGGCAGUUCCGCUACCAGGAUGCAGAGGGACCUCAAGAGGUCUACAGGGGCUUGUGGCGCCUUUCCCACCAAUGGCUACGGCCAGAGGUUCAUACCAAAGAGCAGAUCAUGGAACUUCUGGUUGUGGAGCAGUUUUUGAACAUUCUCCCGGAGGAGAUUCAGACCUUGGUUCGUGAAUGUCAGCCGGAAAAUGGCAAGGAGGCUGUGGCUCUAGCAGAAAGGUUCCAGCUUCACUUUGAGUCAAAGAGGCAACGGGAUCGGACACGAAUGGCAUCUGAUGACAUAGUAACAGAUCCCUCCCAUGAAGAACUAGAUGAGAAUCAGAGACAAUCCUGCAUCAAAGACAAUCAAGAGAAGCCUAGGAGGGUUGACUCUCAUGGUACAGAAACUCACCUUCGGCUGAGAAAGAGGCCAAAGCCAGGUCCAAGGGAACGGAUUGUAUCCAAACAGGAGGAAGAACACGAAGAGGCAACGACAAAGCAAAGGAAGCUGAUUAAUAACAUAGAGGGGCCGGAGACAAUGGAUGCGGGUGAAAAAAUAAAGCAAAUGCCAAGUUAUGUGCCAGGAAAGCAAGGUGGGAAGGCAAAAGCUCGGGGGAGAUCUGUUCCAGGAUGUCAUGCUUCUGUCACUGGAGAGAAUCAGAUUGAAGGAGGAGCCAAAAUAGAUGGAAGUGGCAGAGUUUCAGAAGCUCUGAAUGGAAUACUCUUGCCUAAGCCAUUGAACAAGCAGAAGGGACCAGCUGAGCUUGGGCCUUCUCGGUUGGUUUUUGACAAGGUUGGCUCCCAACGUGGAAAUGAUGGCCACAUGUCUCCUGAGGUUGAUGGACCAUCACUCAGUGGCAGCAUUGACAUUUUACUGGAUUCUCCCUGGAGUGGAAAUGGCAGUGGUGACAUAACACAUGAUGGCCCAUCUGAUCCCAGCAUGCUACCAUCUUGUGCCAGAUGCACCAUGUUGAAGGCUGAGCUGGAUACUGUACGUGAAGAGCUCAGACGAACGCAAGCUUCCACACUGUAUGGGCUGAGUGGAACAGCUUUACAAGAUUUGUCAGAAGCCCUUGGUACUGUUGUGCACAUUCUCAGCAGCAGGAAAUCCCUGCCCAACACUAGUGCGUCCCAGAAUGUCACUGAAAUUCCCAGUAGGCCAGGAUGGCGAGACAGAAAUCACUUCUGAGACAUCACACAGGCUGAACAUAGACCAGCAUCAAUAAAUUCAGCAGCAAUAUCGACAACACUAGGAUGAGGACUUAAUUUUUAAAAGAAGGAAACUGCUCUCAGUUCCUAGUUGUUUGAGACUUACAACUUACCCUUGCUACGUUGAUCCCCUCCCCAUCCUGAUAGUGCAUCAUGUCAAUUGUUCAGAUUCCAAUGGACUCCGGAGCGGAUGCUCUUUUGCCCAAUGUAUGAGAAAUGUUGAUUAUUACCUUGUAUUUUUAAACCAACCCUACAUUUUGUUUGUUUUUUAUACAGUAGUAGCUGUUUCUUCCCUUUCCCGCUUGGGUCUAAAUAAAGCUACUGGGAAUGA